GAGAUUCUGCGAACAAUUUCAUUUUUCUUAUUCUUCAUUCUCUGACUCCUUUGUGGUAGUACUCCCAUUUCCAGACUGCUGGCUGGCUCACAGCACGCAAGCACAGAAAAAAACACAAUCCGCUACCCCCCACAUUUUAUUACCUCUUCCUCUGAUCGAGUUUGCUGGCGCUAAGAUUGCUGAAAUCAGUGACAUUACACCUCCCUUCUCAUCCUCGUCCAUAUCCCUCGUCGCCCCAUCUACCAUCCUCGAUCUCCGGGUCUCGUCCUAACGGUUCUAUUCUCUCCUCUCUUUGAAGUUGUACACAGUCGACUGUCUGCUGCAUAAAUUCCUGGUCGUUCGAUCGGGACCCGCGAGUCAUUAUGGGUCAGACCUUAUCAGAACCUAUUACAGAAAAGACUUCUGCAGAAGGCCAAGAUGAUUGCGUCUUAUACGGAGUAUCAGCCAUGCAGGGCUGGAGAAUUACGAUGGAGGAUGCGCACGCCGCGAUUCUCGACCUGCACGCCAAAUAUAUAAAUAAAUCCUCCGAACCCACCUCGCCCGAUCAGCGCCUGUCAUUCUUUGGUGUUUACGACGGCCACGGCGGAGACAAAGUCGCCCUUUUCGCAGGAGAAAAGGUGCACCAGAUCGUUGCGAAACAGGAGGCCUUUGCCAAGGGUAAUAUCGAGCAGGCUCUCAAAGAUGGAUUUUUAGCCACCGAUCGUGCUAUCCUUGAUGAUCCUAGAUACGAGGAGGAGGUUUCGGGAUGUACGGCAUCUGUUGGGGUCAUUUCUCGCGAUAAGAUCUGGGUGGCAAACGCUGGCGAUUCUCGAACUGUAUUGGGUGUCAAGGGCCGAGCAAAGCCUUUGUCUUUUGAUCACAAGCCACAGAAUGAAGGAGAGAAAGCGCGUAUCAGUGCCGCAGGAGGCUUCGUUGAUUUUGGACGUGUUAAUGGCAAUCUUGCUCUUUCGCGUGCCAUCGGUGAUUUCGAAUUCAAGAAGAGUGCCGAGCUAUCCCCCGAACAGCAGAUUGUUACCGCGUAUCCUGAUGUCACAACACAUGAGAUUACCGAAGAUGACGAGUUCCUGGUGAUUGCUUGUGAUGGUAUCUGGGAUUGCCAAUCCUCUCAAGCAGUCGUGGAAUUCGUAAGAAGAGGAAUUGCCGCCAAGCAAGAUCUAUACCGUAUCUGUGAGAACAUGAUGGACAACUGCCUGUCUUCAAACAGCGAGACCGGAGGUGUCGGCUGCGACAACAUGACGAUGAUCAUUAUCGGCCUUUUGCAGGGAAAGACGAAAGAAGAGUGGUAUAACACUAUUGCGGAGAGAGUUGCCAAAGGCGAUGGCCCCGUUGCUCCUCCUGAAUAUGCUGAGUUCCGCGGCCCUGGAGUCCGUCCCGGUGCUCGCCAUCAAUUUGACGACAGUCCAGACGAUUACGACCUAGAGUCAGAUAACGGCCGACGAGCUUUUGGUGUUCAAUCGGGGCGCAUCAUUCUACUUGGAGAUGGAACUGAAGUGCAUACGGAUCAAGACGACGAAGAAUUGUUUGACAGUACAGAAGAGGAAAAGAAUCAGAAUCAGGUACGGGCUAGCACCGCUAAUGCCGGGCAUGAUGCCAGGCGAAGCCAUCGUGAAGAUACUCCUGGACCCGAGCUUACCCACAGAAACGCUAUUCAGAAUACCGAGACUUCUCAGACUGGACAACAAGUUUCUGCUUCUCCGUCAGCUAUAAACGCGGACACACCCACCGAGAUAAAGAGUGAAGAAAACAAAGCUGCCAGCAAACCGACUGAUUCCUAGCAUGCAUGGGUAUAUAGAGACUUACAUUUACUCUUGCUACUACGAAUGCCGAGAUCAUGAUGAUAAUAACGAACGCCGGAAUAAAGAACAUUUCGAUCUUCCUUGUCGAGUCUACCUUUCCGUCGCGCCCAUCCUAUUCCAGCUUUGAAAUUCCAUUCUAUUCCUCCCCUCCCAGAGAGCGCCGUGCUACGAUUGUCCUCUUUUCCGUUUUUCUUUACUCUGUCUUUACCGUGCGAUUCUAUAUCCUGUUGAGCAUUUGUUUAUCUACUUCACGAUCGCAAUCCGAUAAAGAUAAGGAAAGAGGAAAAGAUAAGGGCUAAGUGGAGAGUCUCUGGGUCAGCCUUUAUUUUCACUUUUUCCUCCAUCUUCUUUUUUGGUAUAUGCUGGAAAAGGGAUGGCCACAACCACGAAGAGUCAGGAAGAAAGAACAACAGACGGUUAGGGUUUCAAACAAGGAGUUUUUUUGUUUUCUUUCUGUAUACAUUACGGCGUAACUGGGUAAUUCUUCAAUAAGCUUUAACGUUGGGAUCUUUGUGCAAUGUGAGAUCGUAUCGGUGUUCUUAAUUUUUCUUUCAAAUUUCUACCUGGACAGUGAAUGGUAUGUUCUCCCCUACCAUUUCGACAGCAAUCGGUAUCACUCAUGAUCUUGAGCUUUCCUUUUCGAAGAAUCUCACGAUUCUAUUUGUACUAGAGUCGACAGCAAAUCUCAUUCUACGUGUUCGAGUG